AUGCAUCACAGAGAUUCAUUCGAUUUACCACCGAAUGCAACUAUCCUAGCUUAUACAACAAAUAAUUAUAUAGCCGCUUUUCGAUUUGGUUCAGCAUAUUGUGUACAAUUUCAUCCAGAAGCAACAUUUAGUGAAUUUAAUGAAUGGAUACAACAAACACGUACUGAUGAACUAGAAUUAUAUGAAAAUAUUAAUAUAAAUAAAAUUCUAUAUCAAGCAGAAGCAUGUCCAAGACAAGCUACUUCUUCUUUUUCCAAUGAUCGUUUUCAAAUUGCUCGAUAUCGAUCAAAAUCUAAUGAAUAUCUUUCGAUUAAACAUGUCAAAUUAAAUUUUACAGAAUUAAUUCGAUUAUUUCGAUCAACACCGAAUCUUUGUUAUUUAAAUGUUUGUAUUGAUGAUUCUUCAAAUGAUAAAUUAUUUUCAUCACCUAUUUUUUCUGUUCUUUCAUUAAAACUUCAUAUUAUUCGAUCAGAUACUAUGAUGAAAAAUCUUAUCAAGAAUUUACCGAAUUUAAUUCAUUUAACAAUCAUUAGUGAACAUAUUAAUCUCGAUGGUUAUCAAUGGGAAGAAAUUAUGGUUGGUUAUUUAUCUCAAUUGAAACAAUUUCGAUUUCAAAUGCAUUAUUAUAUUGAUCAUUCAAAUGAUGAACAUUUUGAUAUUGAUCGAAUUCUUCUCUCAUAUCAAACUCCAUUUUGGCUCAUUGAACAAAAAACAUUUGUUCGUAUUCAAUGGAAUACAAAUGAUGAAAAUACAUAUUUAUUUGUUUAUACUCUUCCAUAUUAUUUUGAUUUUUUUUGCAGUUUAUUGUGA